AAAUACGGUGCUACCGUGGGUCACGUCGGGGUAAAAGAGCCUGAUAUAUAAAAAAAAAAAAUAGUGAGUCAAUAAAGGGAUGGAUGAAGACUUUAUACCUGAGUCGGAAUAUUUGCUGACAUUUGUGAGGAGAAUGAAAGCGGUGUUUGACGUUUGUGAUGAGGACUCAGACGGUUUUAUUCGCCCUGAACACUUGGUGCAGCUGGGGUCUCAGUUUGGGCAAAGAAAGCAGGUGAAGAGAUUGGCCAAAUGUCUGGACCCCGACUCUCAUGGGAGGAUCAACUUCAAAGACUUCUGCCGCGGUGUGCUCGCCAUGAAAGGUUGUGUUGGGAUCCUUAAGAAGAAAAGUGGGCCGCAGUUCAUCACAGGGCCAUAUGACACAGCUAAGAGUUGCUAUCAGAGUGUAGAGGAGGACCGGGUUUGUCCGGUCAUCAUGUGCACGCGGGCCUAUCCUGACCCCGUCCCUGAGUGCCAGCUGUUCCCGGGAGAGGUGGAGGAGCCUGAGGAGGAGGUGGCAGACGACGGCAGGGAGAGGGAAUCAGACAGAGACAGUGCUGUGGAAAGCACCCAAGGGUCAGACACCUCCGACGGGCUGAUCAGACCGGGCGACAAGGAAGACGCACUGGGAGAUCUCUUUUUCCUGGGGAGAAGUAAGUGUGGUCAUACUAGCAUCUCAGUGACCUCUGACCUAUCGACACGUUCCUCGGCUUCUCUGAACGAGGAGCAGUUUGAGGACUACGGGGAGGGGGACGAACCAGACUAUACUCUCAGUAGUCCCUGUCCAGACGACGAGACUCGUACCAACGGAUACUCUGACCUUGGCUCAUCUGUUCCGUCUAGUGCAGGCCAGACUCCUCGUAAGGUGCGUCAGCAUUACACCGGUGAACUGAUGGAUGUCUACUGUUCUCAGUGUAGCAAAAAGGUCAACCUGCUAAAUGACCUGGAGGCCCGCCUCAAAAACCUCAAGGCCAACAGCCCCAACAGGAAAAUCUCCAGCACUGCUUUCGGAAGACAGCUGCUCCACAACAGCAACUUGAGCAGCAGUAACGGCAGUACAGAGGACCUUUUCCGAGACAGCAUCGACUCCUGUGACAUCGACAUCAAUGAAAAGGUGAGUUUUCUGGAGAAGAAGGUGGCAGAACUGGAGAAUGAGAUUCUGACGAGCAGUGAACUCAAGUCCAGGCUGAAGCAGGACAACACACAACUAGUACACAGGGUUCAUGAGCUGGAGGAGCAGCUGAAAGACCAGGAGACACGAGCAGAACAAAAUCUGCAGGAAGGGCUAAGACGACAUCGAGAGGCCUACAGCAAGAUGGAGAGAGACAUGACCACACAGACAGAGCUGCUGACCAACCGAGUUAAGCAAUUGGAGGAUGAGAACAAUGAGAUGACUCUUAACAUGUGCCGACUGAAGUCACAGACAGAGAAACUGGAUGAGGAGAAGCAAAGAAUGACAGACAAGUUGGAGGACACCAGUCUGCGUCUGAAGGAUGAGAUGGACCUCUACAGGAAAAUGAUGGACAAACUGAGACAGAAUAGACUCCAGUUCCAAAAAGAGAAAGAAGCCAUGCAGGAGCUGAUAGAAGACCUGCGUCGAGAGCUGGAACAUUUGCAGCUGUUCAAGCUGGAGACAGAAAGGCCUGGCCGCAGCCGCACCUCCUCCUCCAGCCUGGCGGACUUCAACAGCAGGACCAGGGAGGUGGAGCUAGAGCAUGAGGUCAAGAGACUCAAACAGCGAUUUGUGUCCCAGGACUUUCUUCCCCCUGAAUUCCAGCACCUGGUGUUGUCUGGGGCUUGGCUCCGUCCUGGUCUGAUGGAGAACCAGAAGCUGAGGGAGCAGAACGAUGAGCUGAACGGUCAGAUCCUCAGCCUCAGCCUAUAUGAAGCAAAGAACCUGUUCGCCACGCAGACCAAGGCCCAGUCCCUGGCUGCAGAGAUAGAUAAUGCCUCCAGAGACCAGUUAAUGGAAGCCCUGAAGGAGCAGGAGGAAAUCAACUUGCGUCUGCGACAGUACAUGGACAAAAUCAUCCUGUCUAUCCUGGACCACAACCCCUCCAUCCUGGAGAUCAAAAACUAGCAGUGACUCAACUGGAAUGAGAAUCGUUCUUGAACUCGGAGAAUGAGGAUCAUUCCAGUUGUUUGAUCAGAACCUUAAAACCGAGUCGGGAGUCUGUACAGGAAAGCAGAGAGAGGCAGAGCCUGUCUUGGAAACGGGGACAUAUAAAUAGACAUGCAUCGCCCCCUGCUGUUUGUGGCAGGAAGAGAACUUCUCUUGCAGCGAAGGCUGAGUGUGAUCCUACACAGAACUAAAGAGCCAGUGAUUGCUGGCAGACUGUAGGUCAUACUACUGUGACUCUUCAUCUCGAUCUACCCUGUCUUGUUUUUAUUCUGUCUAUGCUGUGAACUCUAGUUACUGUUACAACUUUGAUCUCACAAGACAAAACUGGUGAUUUCUUCCCAGGAAUAUCCUGCGUUCAUCAUUCUUUAUGAGGAUCGACAAAGUCUCUUGAUGUACUACACUGGACAUAAUUUUGUCGGGCACAAAAACUGGAACAAUGUCAGAAACCUGACGUGGAUUCUACUGUAUCCUGAUGUAAUAUUAGCUGACAGUUUGGUACGCGGACAGGUUGGCAAGCAGACUGUAAACCUGAGUGAGACAGACAUGAAGGCAGGCCAGUUCACCGUUGCCCGAUCUGUAAACUGCCAGUCUCUUCUCCUCUUUCAUGUAGGUGUUCUCUGAAUGCAUGUGACAUACGUGGACAAGCAGGUGUUAAAAGAAGAGUGAGAUAGGAGGCAGAAGUGGUCAGUGAAAGAAAAGAAGAAGGUCUUAAUUAUAAGCUGAAAACAAACAACAACAGUGUUUUCUCUAAAGAGGUGGGGAGUCAGAUGACAAACCAUGGAUGCUAGCAAAGGAGAGUAUUGGUGAAGUCUGUGAGGGUUAAUUGAAGGUGAGGAUUAAUGUUUUUUGUUUAUUCUUGAGAACAUGUCUUCCAGGAACAUUGAAACAGCACUUGCAGUGUCAAUCAGUCCAAUAGUGAAUAUUUUUCACUGAGAAGUGGCCCUUAGGUUGGUUAAGAUGAGUCGCAGAUGAGUGUCACUUUACGGCGCAGAAGCUGCAACCAAGGAGUGUCUUUAAACUGUAACUUCUGUGGCUGCUAUUUGCUAGCAAAGCAUGAGCUGGAAAAGAUGCUCUGUUGCUAGCAAUAGAUCCAAUGAUGUUGCACAGAAAUGUAAUGAUAUGAAUGUACAGGAUGUACGGUGGAUUUCCAUCGGAGUGACUGGUAGCCAUUGUAACAUGGUUUUACUGAAUCAUCUCUCUAUGCUCAGUGAAAUCAGCUCAGAUACUGGAUGUGAGCGUCCAUCAAUUUUAGGUGCAAAAGACUGGAUUAGCAAUCUCAUUGAAGCCUACAGGUUGCAGAUUGUAGUUAAUGCCCCGAUGGCUCUCUGAAACUCUAAUACUGUAAAUAUCAUGAAUGUACAACUUGAUAUUUCACUCUCUGUGUGGCCAAAAAGGCCUUUCGAAUUCAAAUCUGUACUUGAUUAAGUUGUAACAUGUGUACAGUAUUCUGUACUGUAAUGAGGAGGUCAUUGUUUUAGAGGGGAAACAAUUGCAAUCUGCUGUGUUAUGUAAUUAUUCUAAACAUGAGUUUUGCUUCCUUGCACAAAAAAAACCUUUUUGUUUCUUUUUGCAUGGUUCACGUUUUCUUCUGUCUGUGCCUUUUUUGAGGACAUUUUUCAAGAUGACGUUGCUAUAGAUUUACACAGUUUUUGGAGGUACAUUCUAUGUCUAUGUCUCACAUAUUUUCUUGACUUGUAAAUGUUGUAAUUAAAUAGUGAUAAUUUGUAUUCAUGUGCCACUCACCACUCUUUUUCAGAUUGAUACUAUGAAAUCUAUUUUAUACAGUUUUAUCACAGAAGAACUUGUGAUUGCUUAGGUGUCCUAUUAGAAAAGCAGUAUAGCACAAUGCUUUGUAUGGUACGCAAACCAGGUUAGCAAUUUGGGAAUAUUUUGUCGGUGUAAAAUUUUUUUUUUAAUGCAGUGGGGGAUGUUUAGUUGCAUUUCUCAGCUCUUUGUUAGAAGGUCCACUUCUUUUAGGUUUGCUUUAAAAUGGCUUUUUAUAUGGUUGUAAACUGUCUUCCUAACGUAACCUAAAUGGUGAGCAUUAUGAGCUAUAUUGACUUAUUUACCAGUACAGUACCUGCUGACUUGUGUCCUGUUUUGCCUCACAAAUCUUUUCACUCUAUAGCUGCUUGUGCCAUCCUAUAUUUAAAAAAAAAAAAGAAGAAAAAAAAAAGAAAUCAACAGUACGUUGAGCUGUCACAAACACUUUUCUUGUAGCUCUUAAAAUUUUAAUUAUUAGGGCUAUCCAAUGCAAUGUAGUCACUAGAAAUGGCAAUAAAAAUGACUUUGGCUGUGAUGCUGUCUCAUGAAAUUUCAUAAUUUUUAACUGCUUUUUUUGUCCUCAUGCCCAUUUAUAUAAUAAACUAUAAUUUCUAAAACAUGAAA